AGCGGAACAAUUUAGCAGUGCGCCGCUCUGGGCAGGGAGAGCUGUGCGUCGGCGCUAGCUGCCAGUGCUAGGGCGGAGCUUGAUUCGAGGGAGGGGCUGCUGCUUGUGCUGCUGUGUGAGGGCUAUGCAGGGAGACUGAUGAGGAGGCAGCGGGCAGGGGAGAUGCCUGGUUCCUGCCUCCAACACUGGGCACUAUGGAAUAGAAGGGGCGCUGCCUGCUGAGCCCCCUACACGCUCUUCCCUUCCCUUAUGGAGAGGGGCUGUUAUUAGCUGCUUUGGGCUGCUCCCCACCCGGGGGACUUGCAGUCUGUGCUACCAUUCCUCAUUAACGGAGAGAGGAGAGGCUGGGGGUGCUACAGAAGGCUGAGAUCUGAGAGGGGCUGCGCUGCUGAAGCCCCACCAUGGGGAACACCACAUCCUGCUGUGUCUCCUCCAGCCCCAAGCUGCGCAGAAAUGCCCACUCCAGGCUGGAGUCGUACCGGCCCGAGCAGGACAUAAGCAGAGAGGACACUGGAUGCAACCUGCAGCACAUCAGUGACCGGGAGAAUGUAGAUGAUAUGAAUAUGGAAUUUAACCCCUCAGAUCAUCCACGGGCGAGCACAAUAUUCCUUAGCAAAUCUCAGACCGAUGUACGAGAAAAACGGAAGAGCCUUUAUAUAAAUCACCAUCCUCCAGGGCAACUACGGCGAAAAUACAGCUCGUGUUCCACUAUUUACCUUGAUGACAGCACAGUCAGCCAGCCAAACCUCAAGUAUACAAUUAAAUGUGUAGCCCUUGCAAUAUAUUAUCACAUCAAAAACCGAGACAGAGACGGAAGGCUGCUAUUAGAUAUCUUUGAUGAGAAACUUCACCCUCUGUCAAAAUCAGAAGUCCCCCCAGAUUAUGAAAAGCAUGACCCAGAACAGAAACACAUUUACCGCUUUGUUCGGACCCUCUUCAGUGCUGCCCAGCUGACAGCUGAAUGUGCCAUAGUAACUUUGGUGUACCUGGAAAGACUGUUAACGUAUGCAGAGAUUGACAUUUGCCCAGCAAACUGGAAACGGAUCGUCCUGGGCGCCAUCCUCCUCGCAUCGAAAGUUUGGGAUGACCAAGCAGUGUGGAACGUGGACUACUGCCAGAUCCUAAAAGAUAUCACUGUGGAGGACAUGAAUGAGCUGGAGCGUCAGUUUCUGGAGCUGCUACAGUUCAACAUCAAUGUUCCGUCCAGCGUCUACGCCAAGUAUUAUUUUGAUUUGCGGUCACUGGCAGAAAGCAACAAUCUCAGCUUUCCCUUGGAGCCCCUGAGCCGGGAUCGUGCAUGUAAACUUGAGGCCAUUUCUCGCUUGUGCGAGGAUAAAUACAAGGACUUCCGAAAAUUAGCCAAGAGGAGAUCAGCAAGCGCAGAUAACCUGACUGUCGUACGGUGGUCCCCCGCCAUUAUAUCUUAACAGCGGCUUCUUCCGCAGGCCGCACUUGUCUUACGUACUGUUUUGUCUGGACAUUUGUUUGCUUUUGUCCUAAGAAAGCAAAACUUUUCUCUUUCUUUGAAUUCUAUAAAAUUUGGCAAGCCUCCCUUACAGUGCCUCCCUGUCGCAAGGAUGGGAUACAUCAUCCACUCUCUGUCUCUAAGUCACACGGAAGCCAUGGAAGUUUCUCCCCACCUCUUCUGCAGAGGAAUGGAAACAAUAGAAAAAGUGAGGAGUAAACAAAGUAACCUACAGACCAGAGGAGGCUUCUGUCCCUUCUGAAGGGAAAGGAACCAGCAUUAUGGGAUGCUGCUAACACUGAUCAUUAUCUGGCUUCACAUUUGUUUGCUGAGGGUCCGUCCAGCAUGGCUGUACCUCCCUCUGCGCAGAAAUGCGGGUCUAUGAAGUAGUAGGCGGAAGGAUCUAGGAACGGACCAAAACGUUUUUCCCUUAGAGUUUAAAUGAAUCUUGCAAUUUUAACGCAUAUCUAUUUCUUUUAUAUUUUUUUAUCUGUUUGUUUGGUUGUCUUACAAGUUGCCAGUGACGAGAGUACAAGAAGUAGAAGAAUGUGAUUGGCUGUUAAACAAAUGAAGUACUGUUAUCUCAUAAUUUUAAUUUCUCGCUACCAGGCCUGGGCCACAUGAGUCUCCCAGUGUGGCUUUUGGGGUAUGGUGGGAUGUCGAGUUGCUUGGAAGCCACUCCUGAUAUCCUGUCUAUACUUCAUGCAGUAGGCUGCUCUGUGGGGUCUUUGUAUGGCACCCAUCCACCUGCUGAGCUGGGCUGUUGGCAGCAGUUAAUACAAGCAUCUAAGUAUUACCUCGAUUAGAGCAGGGAAUAUGCUGCCUGCUGCAUUCUAUGGUGGCACUCAUUUUCGUGGCUGCAGGCUGGCAGCAGACAUUCGGGGCCCUGCCAAGAAUUAAUGGCUGCUUCCUCAUAUCUUUUGAAUACCAAGAGAAAGCUGCCUCUCUGGCCCCAGCUUUACACAGGUCCAUUUAAGAUGUGAAUUGUUUUUUUGUACAGUGAAAUAGGGUGCAUUAAAACCAUAGAUCAGCUUUUUCACUCUUCUAAUCAGACCUCCCAUGCAAAGGGAAAUGUUACCCUUUUUCCUUGAACUGAUAUUGAAGUAUGAAGGUAUAGCUUAUUGUGCAAUAUAUUUCCUUUAUACAUAAGCGUGGGACUUCCUUUUGCAUUUUUAUCUGCUCAGAUAUCCUCCAUACACUGUAUCCACCAUGACAACAUUGGCGGCUCUUCGACUACCAUGGAGAAUGCCUCAGCUGAGCAACAUGGCUCCCUCUCUUAUGUAUAAGAGUAUGCCUGGAAGGAUGCUAAACUGAAGCUGUUAUACUUUACGAUCAGUUUAUUUAUUAAGCAAAUAGAGAAGUCAAUAUUUGGAAGUAGGAAGAUUGCUUCAUGCAAAGAUGCAUUUCAUGUUUAUAUUUGUUGCUAUUUUUAUUACAUUUCAUUGUUUUUCAUUGCACACAUUGUUUAAUACCUGACUUCCUAUAGGGUGGUUUUGACCACACCCAUAGUUGGUUGCACACAGAUGUAGAUCAGCACACUGGUUAGUAAGCCUGUAACGGUGGGAUCUGGUCAGAAUACGUUCAUAUCCAACCUAGCCCCUUCCAACAUCAGAACUAUAGUUUUUUUUUCAGGGAUAUCUGUCCAGGAACUUUGUUAAUUAUGUGCCAUUAUAAUGCACCCAGUAUUGACUAUAUAGAGACAUCGGAAAGAGAUACUGUCUGAAAAUAAAUACGGAUUUGCUUUGAAGUGAAGCAGGAUCGGGGAUAAGCUAAGGGCUGUGCUUGCAUUCCAGUGCUGGGCCUCAAAGAAGGAGCAGUUGGAGUUUAGUUCAAGCCCUUCCCCUCUCUCUGGAGAUGCAACCAUUGUGCAACAAGGUAACAGAUAUAAGAAAGCAUUGGUAUAUUAGUCAUUCACACACAGUUCCAAGAAUAUGUAGGACAGCAAAUCAUUUUUCAUCCCAAAUCCCACCCCAAGUUGACCUUCACACUGGGCUUUUAAGAUGUAUCUAGGAGAGCAAAAAGGCUCUAAUCCAGUAGGCUAGGCAAGUUGGCUCUCAGUCCAACAGGAUAGGCAAGUUGGCUCUUAAUCCUAUAGGAUAGGCAAGUUGACUCUCAGUCAAAUAGGAUAGGCAAGUAGGCUCUCAAUCCAAUAGGAUAGGCAAGUAGGCUCUCAAUCCAAUAGGAUAGGCAAGUAGGCUCUCAAUCCAAUAGGAUAGGCAAGUAGGCUCUCAAUCCAAUAGGAUAGGCAAGUAGGCUUUCAGUCCAAUAGGAUAGGCAAGUAGGCUCUCAGUCCAAUAGGAUAGGCAAGUAGGCUCUCAAUCCAAUAGGAUAGGCAAGUAGGCUCUCAAUCCAAUAAGAUAGGCAAAUAGGCUCUCAAUCCAAUAGGAUCUCAUUGAAACUGACCUUUAUGCUGAGCCCUAACCCCCCCUCCCCCCAGGUGUGAGAAUCACUGCCUUCAAAUGUCCCCUGUAGCUCUCAAACUUGAGGGUGCUAUGUGCUACAGAGACCACCCACCUGCUCCCUGCCUUUAGUGGAACUACUUUUAGGAACGUAACAGCUGCAAAGGACAUUGUUCACCCCCACCCCCCAAUCAUCUUAUUGAACACUACUGGGAUGCAAUGGCAGCCUAAUGCUUAUCCAUAAUUCUGCUUCAUCUAGAAAUCAUUGUAUUUAACAAGGGGGUGACAGUAUCUAUUUACAAGAAACGCCAUUGCUUCUAUUCUCUAUUAUUUCUGGCCCCUAGUGGCUGAGGGGGCCAAGUGGAUACCCAGGAAUCCUUUUUAUUUUCAUUGCACCCACAGCGCCGAACCAAAAGUGCACUAGGAAGUCACUGAUCAUUCCUAAGGUUCUGAGUUGCGUUCUUGCUGUUUAUUUAUAUUGUGGGUGUACUAUGUGCGUGCAAGGAGUGUGCAAGGUUUUUUGGUCAUUCCUUGGUUAUUUUAUAUUAUUUGCUUUGUCUUGCAAAAUUGGUUCUCUUGAGAGGUGGUUUCCUCCUGCCUGAAUGGUAAGGAAACCUAUAUAGGCCCAAAGAGCUGGCAAUCAGGACAGUCUAUGCGGUUUAUUGCUGUACGGUUUUUAUUACAAAUGUUGAUGAUUUUUGUACUUCCUAGAUUUUAUAUCUCCCCCCCCCCCACCCGUGGGUUCAUUCCUUUGCAACCAGGUCCAUUUUGCAAGCAAUAUUCUCAGACUUUAUAUGUUUACCUUUAAAGCAGCGUAAAUCUGUUUGUGUAUAUAUAAAUAUAUAUAUACAAAAUAUUAUAGUGUGGGAAAAAUACAAACAAACAAACCUCAAAAAUGUAUAUUUUUCCAGCUUGAAUCAUUCCUCCGCCCCCACCCCCGAGCAUUUAAAUUCCGUGCAAAAAAGCAAAUGGGUUUUCUAACCGGCACAUUGUAAACAAGUGCAUAUGUAUUUGUGACUUACAGUGUGAAUUUUAGUAAUAAAUGGAAUUUAAUGAAAUG